AUGGACACUACGCCGCAGUACGAGUGCGCAGAAUUUCGCGUACCAAUGUGUUAUGAUGACGUAUGCAAGAGUAACAAUACCAUUGACGUAUUUGUAAAACGUGUGGUGGCUACGGCUACUUUUGAUGGACAGAAAGAAAAAGCACUGUGGGUGCUACAAGGAGGUCCAGGAGCUUCUUCCACGGGCGUGGAAGGUCUGAUGAACACCAUGUAUUUGCAAUUAGAGAGAGAGGUUAGUGUUUAUACUUUUGACCACAGAGGAACGGGACGAAGUGCUAGAUUGGUGUGUCAAGCAGCACAAGCAGGAGGCUUGGGCAGUCCAGGAGGUCUGGCCAUUCGACUGGAUGAAUUGCCCGCGUGUAUGGACGACAUUCGCUUUCAAAUUGACAACCAGACCGCUGCAUUUUCCGUCACGAGCGCAGCAAAGGACUUGGCUGCCAUCAUCAACUAUGAACUUAGUGACCAGGAUGUCUACGUGUAUGGACUCAGUUAUGGCACCUACAUGGUCGAGAGGCUGAUGCACUUUACACCAGCAAGUGUCCGUGGUUUCGCAGUGGAUGGCAUUGUGUCCGAGAGCGGUGAAUCGGUGGAAAGUCGAGCGACGUUCUCGAAUUGGGACCGUGAUGUCGGUAUUGUGGGAGAUCGAUUUCUCGCUGCUUGUAUGGUAGAUGAGUUUUGUAAGAGCAAAUUCUCGGGCGUGACAGACCUCGUAGCGUUUGUGCAUGAACUGUACGAUAAACUGGAUGCUGCUGUGGCUGAUGGCAAAAGCGGCAUAAACGCCUGUGCAGACGCCUUAGCCAAGAAUGGCAAGAAACCCUCCUACUUGCUGCGUUCUGCCUUCGGCGAAUAUCUCAUGUCGGACCACAUGCGAAUCGCGAUUCCAGCUGUGAUAUACCGUGCGUCUCGCUGUACUGACCAAGAUGCCGAUGCUCUUUCUUACUUUGUGGAUAAACUUCGCCAGACUGAAGAAGACGAUGAAUCUGGUAAUUCUGAGCCAGAGACUCUUCUUUUUGACUCGGAUAUGCUCUACUACCUGAUCGUGUUCUCCGAGAUGUGGGAAUAUCCUACACCUGAUAAGGCGACACUUGUUAGCUGGUACGAGAACUCCACGAUGGCGUCGGACAAUUACUUAUCACUCCCCUACUACUGUUUGUUUACGGGUAGUCGCGAACACGCAUGCCAGGAGCUAAUUCAUCUCCCUGUGGCUCGACCUUUGGUGUAUGAGCGUGACCAAUACUGGAACAAGACAACGGAACUACCUGAUGGAGUGACGGCACUGCUUAUGACGGGUGGGAUGGAUCUGCAGACACGACGUAUGUAUGGCGAAUUAGAGUACAAAAUGAUGGCCGGCGAACGGAUGCUCGUGAGCUUUGACGACGCUGGGCAUUGUACUACUUUUACAACCCCAACGAACGGCGGUGGUGUGACUUGCGGCGUACGUAUAUUGACAUCUUACGUGAAAGAAAAUGGUGAAUUGAAAAACGUGAACACUAGCUGUAUGGACGAUCUGAAACCUAUCACAUUCUCGGAUAAAGCUGUUGGUGGCCAAGAAGUUUUCGGUAAGGGCGAUUUGUACGAGAACUCGGAGACAAAUGGGCAAGGCUAG